UAUCUGGAAAAUGGGCCCUGUAGCAUCGCAUGCUGUCUGGGUUGGUGACAACAGGGCCCAGCACAGGGUUAGCACAUAGGAGAGGCCCUGCCACUGCGGCAGGGGCUAACAGAGGCCACAGGGACAGGGAACUUGCAGCGGCACGUGACUACCUCCGGCCACCAGGCCGAGCAGAACAGGGGCAGGCGAGGAGGUGACCUCCAAGCUGGCUUUCUGUCCCACCUCAUGUCGGCUGGCAAUGGACAUUCAUAGAUGCCCUUACUUCUAUGGGGGCCUGGCACUGGGGGCGCUCCUGCUCUUGCUGUUCCUCAUCCUGACCGCCUGCCUGUGCCGGCUACAUCGCAGAGUGAGGAAGCUGGAGAGGAGCCAGCCCCACCAGCACCAGGAGCAGGAGCUGCACUACGCAUCGCUUCAGCGACUGCCGCUGGCCACCAACGGUGGUGGUGACCGGGAGGCCAUGAAAGAGGACGCAAGCACUGACUACGCCUGCAUUGCCGAGAAAAGACCCACAUAAGUACCCGAGCCCUCCCCCCAGGGUCACCAGGUUGACCUGGGGCUCUAGAAAAGACCAUGUAAAGUAAAGACCAUGACUUUG